AUGAAUAUAACAGGAGAGAGACCAUAUCAGUGUGUUUUCUGUGGCCAGUCAUUCUGUGAUGGAGGGACCUUAACUAAGCACAAACGUAUCCAUACAGGUGAGAAACCUUAUCAGUGUGAUACCUGUAGUAAAUCCUUCUCCCAGUCCGAUCACUUAACUAAGCACAAACGUAUUCAUACAGGUGAGAAGCCAUUUCACUGUGAUACCUGUGGCAAAUCAUUCUCUCGGCCUAAUUACUUAAGUAAACACAAACACGUUCAUACAGGUGAAAAACCAUAUGACUGUGACAUCUGUGGUAAAUCCUUCUCUCAGAAUUUUGUCUUAACUAAUCACAGACGCAUUCAUACAGGAGAGAAACCAUAUCAGUGCGUUAUCUGUGGUCAGUCGUUCUCUGAAGGGAGUACAUUGACCAGACACAAACGUGUUCAUACUGGAGAGAAGCCUUUUCAUUGUGACGUCUGUGGUCAGUCAUAUGCUGAGGGACGUUCCCUAACUAAGCACAAACGUAUUCACACAGGGGAGAAACCUUAUCAGUGUGAUAUCUGUGGUGAAUCAUUCUCUCAAAACAGUCACUUAAAUCGACACAAACGUUUUCAUACAGGAGAGAAACCGUAUCACUGUGUUACCUGUGGCAAAUCAUUCUCUCAAAACAGUGAAUUAACUACACACACAUAUAUUCAUACAGGAGAAAAGCCAUUUCACUGUAUUACCUGUGGUAAAUCAUUCUCUGACAACUCGACCUUGACUAGUCACAAACGUACUCAUACAGGCGAGAGACAGUUUCACUGUGAUAUCUGUGGUAAAUCAUUUUUCCGAAGAAGGAACUUAACUACACAUGCAGCUAUCCAUGGGAAAAUAUGAUUGUAUCAUUGUCAAAAUCCAUUGGAAGACCCAAUAUAUAAAUCUGUUUCCCCUGUCAAAUCAUGGCUUAACCUUUGUGCUCUUAACAAUAAUCAUUUAACCCCUGACAGUAACCAUACACAUCGUGGUUACCCUUUUGAGAUAUUAUUUUACAGCCAGAUGCCCUUCCUUAUGCCAACCACUUCAGCCACGUUAGUAGAUUCUUACAUGGCAUUCACAUAGUUUA